AUAUUGAGAGAAGCAUCCCUCAGACGAGUAGUUCGUAAAUUUUAGAAUAUUGAAGAAUAAAUAAAAUAUUCAAGAAAUUUUUAAGAAAAUUGAAAAGAGUUUAAAUUAAAAAUGACAGUAAACGAAUCCGAUCGCAUUCAAUCCUCUGUAUUGUCGGAAUGUGUAUCCGAACCUGAAGUGACGUCAUCGACAGUGACGUCACCAAAACCUAAGGAAGAGUCAAUUAACCACGACAAAGAUUCGAGUUUUAAUAAUUCAGAAACACAAGAAAAUCCACCGAAAAAAAUUAAAAAGGAAAAACUUAAUUUUAGCAUUGAAUUCCUACUUUCCAAACCUGAAAGAAAAACCCGGACACCUCCAAUCCAAUCCACAGAUGCUUCCCUUCAACACAAACCUUAUUUUUCCGGAUAUUUCACAAGUUACAACCCAACUUUUGACCCUUUUUCUAUGUGGGGUAAAUCCCAUUCACCCCCCAAGCCCCAACUCGAUUACCCAGCUAUAACGUCAAAGGAAUCGUCACCCACCAGGUCUGACGUCACAGAAACUGAUGAUUGUAGUUACGAGUCGACGUCGCCGAAGUCUAAUGACGUCAUUCCGACGUCACCGAAUGCUUUCCGUAUAUCUAAAUGUUCACUUCGUAAACACAAACCAAACCGAAAACCCCGCACACCGUUCAGCACCGAGCAACUACUUUCAUUGGAACGAAGAUUUCAGGACAAACAAUAUCUUUCUAUAGCAGAACGUGCAGAAUUCUCUGCCUCUCUUGCAUUAUCUGAAACUCAGGUGAAAAUUUGGUUUCAAAACCGUCGCGCUAAAGCAAAACGUCUUCACGAAGCUGAGUUUGAAAAAGUGAAGCUGGCUGCUGCAGCAGCAGCAUAUACUGACUUAUUACAACCGCCCACAAAACCUCACGCCUUAUACCCCGGUUACGGUGUAAGAGGAAUACCCACAGACCCAGCAAUGCGAUUGGGGCAUACUGGGCCACUAGCCCGAGGUGUAACAGCAUCGCCGAGCCUAAACGCAUUUUCAAACUUUGCCCAGAGUCGUUGUCAUCGACCAGCGACUAUCUCCUACUACCCAACUGAGAGUCGAUAGUUCCUCAUUUCAGUAUUUUCUUUUGUCGCGAAUAUUUAAGCUGCUGUCUUCACUUUUUUAGAUGUCGUUUUCGGCAAACAGUUAUUACUGCCGAAAGAAACGUUUUUGCGAUUUUGAAUAUGUUGUAAAUCUGCUGAUGUUAUAUUCUCAAGAGCUUUAUUUUGCACGAAUAAUAAACUAUCGUACUGUAAAAA